UCAAGACUGUUGUCGACUAACAACUAAGAUCACAGGAUCACAAAGUUUCUUGUUCUAAAUGGAUUAAAAACCUACAACGACCAAAGACUGUUUAAUAGUGUCGAUUUUCUUUUUUCAAAGUAGGCUACGCUACACAGCUCAUGAGGGACAAACAGGUGCUUUUUGAUGGACUCUGGGUAUAUUUAAUCUUUCUUUUACACGUUGAUAUUCUACGAGUCAUUAAGAACGAAACGCAAUAUCACAAUGACCACAUGAAAAAGCACAAGGUUUAUUAUCAAGGUCAUCAUAUGUGGAGAGUAAUUCAAUACUGUUGCAGAUCAGUGUAACAGUCUCCAGUGUUCUGAAGAAUUAAUUAAUGGAGAAGAACAACCAAAUCCAUUCUGUGUUGUUUCCCCCCCGGAUAUGACUGACCGCCCAUACUAAAACCAUGAUGUUUUAUCAAAUGAUGGAACACACACAGAAUGGCAGCUGUGAUACACCCAUUUGCAACAAGAGUACAACCGGAGACACGCUCCAGCUUCCCACCUUCUCCACCGCUGCGAAAGUCAGAGUGAUCAUUACCUUUGCUCUAUGUAUUUUGUCAGCUGUCUGCAACCUUGUUGUCCUGUGGGCAGCCAGCACAGACGGCAAGCGCAAAUCUCAUGUCAGGAUACUUAUAAUCAACCUCACUGUUGCAGACCUGUUAGUGACGUUCAUCGUAAUGCCUGUUGACGCUUUCUGGAACAUCACAGUUCAGUGGCAGGCAGGGGACAUUGCCUGUAGACUGAUGAUGUUCUUAAAACUUGUUGCAAUGUACUCCUGUGCUUUUGUAACUGUCGUCAUUAGCUUGGACCGACAGUCUGCUAUCCUCAACCCGUUAGGCAUCAGUGAGGCCAAAAAGAGAAGCAAAGUCAUGUUGACUGUGGCUUGGAUGAUGAGUGUGAUUCUCUCUGUUCCACAGAUGUUUCUGUUCCACAACGUGACGAUCACAGUGCCAGAGAACUUCACCCAGUGCACCACCCGAGGAAGCUUUGCCAACCACUGGCAGGAGACCCUUUACAACAUGUUUACUUUUGUAUGUCUCUUCCUGCUCCCUCUGGUCAUCAUGAUCUUCUGCUACUCACGGAUCCUGGUGGAAAUAUCCAGUCGCAUGAGUCGAGGAAAGAUGUCAUCUAUGGAGGUGCAUCUACGUCGGUCCAAUAACAACAUCCCAAAAGCACGAAUGAGAACUUUAAAAAUGAGUAUAGUUAUUGUGACAUCCUUCAUUGUCUGCUGGACCCCAUACUACCUACUGGGUCUGUGGUAUUGGUUCUUCCCUGAUGAUCUGGAGGAGACUGUCUCCCACUCACUGACUCAUAUGCUCUUUAUCUUUGGUCUUUUCAAUGCCUGCUUGGACCCCAUCACUUAUGGGCUAUUCACCAUCCAUUUCCGGCACGGCCUCAAACGUCAUUGUGAAAAUGUCGCUGAGUCUGAAAACAACACAACACUAACUGGAUCGUUCAGGUGCUCAUCCGUCCGCAUGACACGACUCUCACAUAAAAACCAGGUGUUGAGCAGUGGCCACACCAUAGAGGUGGAACAAACCAAGACAGCGUGCCGCUAUAGCAAUUAUCUUACAGUAAGCAACACUGGAGAAGGGGACUCCAGACUCAGGCAGGUUAGCCCUGUAAGCAUGAUAUAAUGGAGCC